CUCUGACCAAGACUCGAUCUGCACGGCACCAGCUCGCCUGUUGCGAGUGAUUACUGCAGUUUGUCCGUCCGGCUUAAUCUGCCAGCCAUUCAACUGCCCAAACCAGCGACGCACCCACCAACAAACUCUGAUACAGACACCACCCGAAGGCGACGCACCCAUGGCCGACGAACACAGCUCGUCCGAUUCAACCUCGAUCUCCUCGGUCGGGUCCUCGUCAGAAUCGACAAAUCACUCGCCCGCUUCUCCGACGCAUCCACCGUCCAAGCCUUCUCGCCACAGUCUGCCGACAGUCCAUGUUGACGACGACUCCAGAUCGAUCGACGACGACGACGACGAGCUGACGGACCUCUCAUCAGCGUCACCCACGACGGAGCAGACCGGGAUCAAAUGGACGCCCGAAAUGGAGCUGGUACUCUUUCAAGCGAUAUUCAAAUAUCAACCCGUUGGUGUCCACCGACGAUUCCGGAUGAUCAGCAUUAUGCUGCACUGUGAGCGAAAUAUGCCUAUAAGAGUGUCUCGAGGCGAUGUGUGGGAUCGCCUCGAGAGCCUCUACAACCUCAAGGAGCUGGAUCGACUCACCGACGAGACCGAUGCGGCUGAAGACACCUCCGGGACGUUUGGCAGCGCCGAGCUGAGCAUCUCCAGAAGCAUCUAUCCGUUCCUGGUCGAGCAGGAGUUCCAGCUUCCCUUUGAGGACUUUGAGGGGCUGAUUGCCGAACACCGCAAGGCCAGCACGCCCGAGUCGGAUGCCGGUGACCUGGCCUCAAGUCAAAGCAGCUCGUCAGUUCGGCCAUCGUCCUCGAUCGAAGUAUCGGCGACAGACCCCGGUCGCGGCUUCCGAGGCGGGAUGCAGUCGCCGCUGUCGCCGAGACUGGCCGCCCAACGGCUCAAGAACCGACCCAUGUCGCCGGUGCGAAUCAAGACACCAGAGCUGGAAGGUAGGCGAAGCGUGCGGUCUACUUUGAGUUUGAUGCCAGAAGCUGCAUUGAGACAGCCCGGCUGCUAUGGCGAGUCUCGACGACGCAGGCCUCUGUGGCAGUUUAAGAGCGCUCUGCUCGGGAUCGGGAUCGGACGAAGGCAACGAGACGAGCCUAACCUCCUGUGGUUGUCAAGGCCCGACGGGGACGCAAGCCCAAGUCGCAGAUAGCCCUGGAAGCCGCAGCACCAGAUUCACCGUCAGCGCUUCCGCCCGGCGUCAAUCCUCAGCCCAGCGAAGGCUCAACGGCGGGCUCAACCAGCGACGGAGGAGUCGCAUCGACACCUCGCCGACAGACCCGCAGCACCAGCGCAAUUACGGCUGCACCCACACCCACACCGAAACGAACGAAACGGGGCUGAUCGGGACAGCGGCACGGCGAGGAAGAGGCGAUGGAUGUGGUGAUGUGAUGUGAUGUGAUGUGAUGUGAUGUGAUGUGAUGUGAUGU